UAAGUUAAUGGUUUUUUUAAAACAUUUUUACGCCGUCUGGUAAAGAAGAAUGGAAUUCUUCCACAUAUAACUUGUGGAUAUUAUAAUCAAUUUCAAAAUAAUUUACUUCUUCUACAAAGAUGUUAAUUUUAUUGUUUUACUUAUUGCAAAAAAUAGUUUAAAUGUGGUGUGAAUUUCUUAAUUUAUAAUUACUUUAUUAUGAUUUAUAUACAAAGAGUAAGUGAUUAAAAUUUGGAUCUUUUCAUAACUGGAUAAAUAAAAAUGGAAAAAUAUAUACCAGAGAUUUUUCUUCAUCACGGCAUUAAAAAAUGUGGUGAUCAUCUGUCUGAGACAGUUCCAGAAAUUAUUGUUGACGAUAUUGAAAGGACUGAAAGACCAAUUUCAAAAUUUAUUGUUCAAGAAGCUCUCGAAAAAACUGGAUUUGGAAAAUUUAAUUUGAAAAUUACCUUCAUGAGUAUUUUUAUACAUACAAAUGUGACAAUUAAUCUUCUCAGUAUCGGUUAUAUUUUGCCUUCUGCGGUCUGUGAUUUCGAAUUGACAACUACCAAAAAGGGAAUUUUAUCAGUGACACCUACUCUUGGUACAUGUAUAGGGGCAUUAUGCUGGAGAUUUUUAAUAGAAUCGAAAGGACCUAAAUUAUCUCUAAUAUUUUCUUUAUUUCUUCAUGGCAGUGCUGAAAUAUGUCUUUCAUUAUUAAUAUCAAAUUAUUGGCUUUUUAUAUUUUUUAAAUUAAUCAGUGGUUUUGCUGCAAUGGGAGCGAUAAAUAGUGUAUACAUAUAUGCUCAAAAUUUUCAACCAACAAAUUAUGAAAAAAUAAUACUUGCAUGCCUGAGUUGCGUUUUUGCAAUUUCCUUAAUUGUUUUACCUCUUUUAGCCUGGGCUAUUAUUCCUUUGGAAUUUAAUUUUAGAAAUAAUAAUUUUUUCUUUGGAUCAUGGAAAUUAUUUUUGUUUAUAAUUGCUGUGCCUAUCGAAAUUUCUGCAAUUUUACUUAUUUUUAUGCCUGAAACUCCAAAACAUCUUGCAAAAAUUGGCCAUUAUAAAGAAAUGUUUAUUGUCCUUUCGAAAAUGUAUCAAGAAAAUAAUGGAGAAUCUUCUGAUAAUUAUAUUGCGUCUUUACUAAAAUGUGGAAAUGUUGCUCUAGUGGAUUUUGUAAAUCGUUGUCAAACUUAUGCGAAAUUCCCAAGGACUUCGAGAAAAAAUAAAUUGAAUUAUAUAGUAAAUGACUUUAAAGUACAAGGAAUGGAUAUUAUAAAACCACCUUAUUUGAGUAGAUUGAUAAUACUGUCAUUAGCAAUGUUUAGCGUAUCUUCAGCUACAUAUUCAAUGGUCACAUGGUUUCCAGAAAUUAUUCACAGAUUUUCUAAAUAUGAACUUUUACAUCCAAACGAAAUAAUAGAUGACUGCAGCAUUUCAAAAGAUAGGCCCACUUAUAUCGAUGAGAAUGGAAAUUUCCAUGCCUCUCAUUGCAACCAGUCAGUAGACACGAGUGUUUAUCGCACAUCAUUUUUUAUGGGUCUUUCAGCAAUAUUUCCUAAUCUCUUGUAUUUACUUUUUGUCGACAAAGUUGGCUUCCGAAUUAUUGUAGCAAUAUAUUUCAGUGUUGGUCUCUUGUCAACGUUUUAUAUAUUUUUUGCCAAUUCUUUUCUUAAAAAUAUUAUACUCGCAUGUAUUUUUAAAUCAGUGAUGUGCACCACUUUAAGUAUUUUGUUUCAAUUUAACACUGAAUUGUUUCCUGAAAAUGUCAGAAUUUUGACAAGUUCCAUAGCCACAUUCUACAGUCGUCUUGGAAUCGUUUUUGGUAAUGGAAUGUUUGCCUUUUUAAUUGAUGAUUACUGUCCUGCUUUAAUAAUAAUUGUUGCUGUGCAAUUAUCAUUGGCCAUUAUUUUAUGUAUAUCUCUUCGAGUUUGAGAUUAAAAGAGUAAUGAUUAUUUAUUAAAAUAUUAUUGAAAAUGUAUUUAAAUAUAAAUAUAUUAAAUUUUAUUUUACAGUAUAAGAAAAUAUUUUUUAAAUUCAAUA